CCAUUUUUUUAUCUUUAAUGUUAGAUCUAUAAAGAUCUGAUUUUGAGCUUAAGAAGAAGACACAGCUCAUGAAGGCAAGGGACCUUGACCUUAUGCGUGUGAGUGAGUGAGCCACAUAACACAGCGCGAUAGAUUUCAGUGAUGCGCUUUUGCUCCAUUCUUCGUCUUUCAAGGUAGCAACACUAAACAGGAUACAUAUAUUGGGGUUGAUCUUUUAGGCAUUAGAAAUGUUGGGUAGGUCUGUGUUUUCCAGACCUGGAAGCUUCAGGCCAGAGAAUUUGGGUCACAGUGCAUUGGCCAUGAUUGGGAAUGUUUGUUUCUCUGUCUUUGUUGUUGGGGUUUUGGUUUUCACAAUUAUUGCUGCAACUUAUGAACCUGAGGACCCUUUGUUCCACCCUUCAACCAAGAUCACCACAUUCCUCACUUCUGAAUCCAAUGCCACUUUCAAGUCCGAUAACACUGUUGUUAAGACCGGGGAGGAUUUUGUUGCUGCCAACGAGACUGUUUUUGGCUCGAUUAUUAACAUGGAGGAUGUUAAUAACUCGGCUAAUGCUGAAUCCGGGGGCGAGGCUGCUACCGUGGCCUCUGAAUGUGAGACCACUGGCCCUAUUGAUUGUAGGGACCCUGAGGUUUUUCAUAUGUUGAUGAGGGCCACAAUUGAGAAGUUUAAGGAUAUCCAUUUCUACCGGUUCGGGAAAGCGGUUCCUGGCUCUAAUGAUAGUACUUGUGAUAUGGCAUGGCGGUUCAGGCCAAAGGAAGGGAAGGCUGCUGCAUUUUAUAAGGAUUAUAGGAGGUUUGUUAUUCAGAGGGCCGAGAAUUGCUCGCUUAGCAUUGUUAGCAUUGGUGAAUAUCAUAGUGGGUUAAAUGCUAGGAAGAGGAAGAAGAAUCAGAAACCUGGGCUUGAGAAGGCUCCACCAAAGGUGGAUCAGGUGACUGCAUUACCUGUUUUUGGUGAGACUAAUGUUAAUGACAGCCUCCCCGUGGUUGAGUCUGAGAGUUCAUUUAGUCAUGGUAAAUACCUGAUAUAUGUUGGAGGUGGAGAUCGGUGUAAGAGCAUGAAUCAUUACUUAUGGAGUUUCUUGUGUGCUCUUGGGGAAGCUCAGUACCUAAAUCGAACAUUGGUUAUGGAUUUGAGCAUUUGCCUAUCUUCGAUUUACACUUCGUCGAAGAAGGACGAGGAAGGCAAAGAUUUCAGAUUUUACUUUGAUUUUGAGCAUUUAAAGGAGGCAGCAUCUGUGUUGGACAAGGAACAGUUUUGGACAGAUUGGAAUAAGUGGCACGAAAAGGAUGGGAUGGGUCUUCAUCUUGUGGAGGAUUACAAAAUCACACCGAUGAAGCUCAAGGAAGUGAAGGAUUCUUUGAUCAUGAGAAAGUUCGGUGAAGUUGAACCGGAUAACUAUUGGUACAGGGUCUGUGAGGGAGAGACAGAAUCCGUCGUUAAAAGGCCGUGGCAUUUGAUAUGGAAAUCGAAGAGGUUGAUGGAUAUAGUGUCCGCAAUAGCUUCAAGGUUGAACUGGGACUAUGAUGCUGUUCAUAUUGUGAGAGGGGAAAAGGCGAGGAACAAAGAGCUUUGGCCAAAUCUUGAUGCGCAUACCUCCCCGGACGCACUUCUCUCAACCUUGCGGGACAAGAUUGACGAUGGAAGGCACCUUUACAUUGCAACAAAUGAACCCGAUACUUCCUUCUUUGAUCCCCUGAAAGAUAAGUAUACCACUCAUUUUCUUGAUGAAUAUAAGGAUCUUUGGGAUGAAACCAGUGAAUGGAACUCAGAUACGACAAAGCUCAAUAACGGUGUUCCGGUAGAAUUCGAUGGUUACAUGAGAGUCUCCAUUGAUACAGAAGUUUUCUUGAGAGGUAAAAAGCAGAUUGAAACUUUCAACGAUUUGACCAGUGAUUGCAAGGAUGGUAUCAAUACCUGUAAUGUUCAAACAAACUAAAAUAUCUGAGAAACUUGAGAUUCCAAUGUUUUGGUUGAGAUAUACUUGUACUUUUAGUUGCUAUUUGUGUUGAAUUUGAGAGUUUGUAACCACAGUUACUAGUCCCUAGCAAUGAGGAGUAAAAACGUUUUGUAUUGUAAGAGUAGUGUUUACUUUUCUACUUGGAGAUUUUUGAAGUCCUUUUCACCUUCUUUCGUUGACUCUAUAGAUCUAGAUUGAAGUCUUUUUGGUGCCUAAA